AUGCCAGAUGGCAGAGUAAAGACCCCUGUAAAGGCUAAGGUCUAUGCCAUCACAUCGAGAGAAGUAAACCUGGAAGCUGACGAGACGGCAGAUGUGGGAGUGAUUACUGGUAAGGUUAAAUUGAAGCUACACUUAGUUUGUGCUUUGUUUGAUUCGGGAGCAUCGAGAUCCUUUGUCUCUGUUAGUUGUGCAAAACGAUGUGAGCUAGAUGCGGAACCUUUGUCUCAGAGAGUUCUGGUUGCCAUUCCAGAUGGAAAAAUUGUUGCUAAGAUAGACUGUCGAGGAAGAGAAGUGGUCUUCAACUUACCUGCAAAGGAUAGGAUCUGUUACAUGGAAGAAAUUGUUAGGUUAGAUCCAUCAGUAGUAACAGCAGGACAAGUAAAGAAGAGCCCAAUGAGUGGAGCUACCAUCUAUCUUGUGAUGAUGACAAACGUGAUUGAGGAAUCUAAGGGAGUUCAAGGAAUCCCAGUGAUAGAAGACUUCCCUAGAUUUUUUGCCGAUGAUUUACCUGGAUUAGCCCCGGAUUGA